CGGGCGAGUUGACGUCCGUGUAGGAGCAAGUGUACCGUGACGUCACUUUGAGGCGACAGCAAGAGUGCUACUUGGCGCCAAGUGACUGCGCGUUGUUGCUCUUUCUGUGACAACAAACGUGAAAGGAAGCCGCGGGGACGUGUUUACAAUGGACAUCCGGCGGUUCUUUGCGCCGUCGGCACUCAAAGGGACAACGAAUGGAAACAUCAGAAGCACCAAGACAAAUCCUCUUUCCUCAGACGAAGAGGUGAAAAAGAAGAGAGAGACCAAGAUGAAAAAGCAAGGAGCAGGAGGGAAACCUGACCAGAAAAGGAAAAAACGUGCAGUCAUAGACUCGGACUCUGACUCAGAGGAGCGAGAGCGGAAGUCCACAAAGUCGCCAAGGAAGAAACAGAAGCCAAGCAAGGCCGCAAAGUCCCUCAAGAACGAGUCUGUUCUCUGCGUCUUGGAAACAGACUCAGACAGCGACGACUUUGACUCCCUGAAGAAAACCUCCACAGGCAAGUCGAACGGCACCUCCCAAAAGAGCCGCUCCAGUCCAAGUGUGAAAGAAACCGCAAAGUCCCCCAGGAAGUCGUCCUCGGUCCGUUCGCAAACUGGAGUCAAACGUGCCAGCGCGCCUGUCACGCCAAAGCCGGCGCCGGCGCCGCCCCCGCGGGCCGAACACACCCCCACCUCUGCUUUCGACUACUUUGGCAACGAAAGCAUCCAGCGCUCGGGCAAGAAGCUGGUCGCCAGCGCCAAACGAAAGACUCCUGUCCAGGACGCCGACGAUCUGAGCGACGAGCAGAUUGCCAGGCAUCUGCAAAUGGUUGAGGAUGCUGAGUUGGAGAAGCGGGUCCACGAAGACGAAGACUUUGCGCGAACACUUGCCAUGCUGGAUGCGGAACCGCAGGCCAAGAAGGUCCGUAAAGACUCUGAUCUUAAGACCUCCCCCGGGAAGAGGACUGCACUCGGCCCCCCAAAGGGCAACAGAAAUGACGGCGUGUCGGAGGACCUCGUUGGUCCUUCGCCCGAGAAAAACGCGGCUCCUGUCAAGCCCAGUUCCAAACUGGGGAUGAUGAUGAUGAAGAAGAGGGAGGAGGAAAAAGGACACGUGACUCCGAGCAAAGCACAGAAAACUUUGAAGGCCUCCCCCAAAAAGGAGCCAAUCGCAGUCUCGUCGGCAGAAAAGCUGCAAGCGUCCAAAAUAGCCAGCGCACUUCAAACAUCUCCCACGAAGGCAGAGAGCGCAGGGCCUGACGAGGCAGAGAAGAAGAAGGCCAACACGUCCGCUUACAGGAAUUACCUCAACCGAGAUGGGCCACGAGCGCUCGGCUCCAAAGAAAUCCCCACGGGUGCGGCCAACUGCCUGGAGGGUUGCGUCUUUGUGCUGACGGGCGUUCUGGAGUCGCUGGAGAGAGACGACGCCAAAUCCCUGGUCGAGCGCUACGGCGGCAAAGUGACGGGCAACGUGAGCAAGAAGACCACCCACCUGGUGCAGGGCCGAGACAGCGGCGUCUCCAAGCUGGAGAAGGCGCAGAGUUUCGGUACCAAAAUCCUGAGCGAGGAUGAUCUGUUGGAGCUGAUUAGGACCAAACCGGGAAAGAAGUCCAAAUAUGAGAUUGCUGCGGAGGCUGAGAGCAAAGGCUCUAUGAAGAGCAGGACUUCUCAGGUCACCCCUAAAGCCUCCAAAGGCAACUCCAAAUCCCCUCAAGCUCCGAGUCCCUCCAAGACUGGACAGACGAGCACCCGCGGUGCCAAAACCACGGCUGGCGGAAGAGGCUCCGUUCAAAGCGUUUCAAGGAGUUCGGACCCUUCCUCGUCCGCUGGCCCACCCCCGAGAACGAAAUCGGUAAACGAGGAAGGUGCCACGCUGCUGUGGGUGGACAAAUACCGCCCGUGCUCGCUGAAGGCCGUGAUAGGGCAGCAAGGCGACCAGAGCUGCGCCAAUAAGCUGCUGCGCUGGCUGCAAAACUGGUACCGGCACCACGGCGGCGGCGGCUCCAAACCAGCAGUCAGUAGAUUGGGAAAGUUUGGGGCAGGAAAAGAUGACGGCUCCGGAUGCAAAGCUGCCCUGCUGUCCGGACCGCCGGGUGUGGGGAAGACCACGACGGCGGCGCUGGUGUGCGAGGAGUUGGGUUUCAGCUACGUGGAGAUGAAUGCGAGUUGCACGCGCAGCAAAAGCAACUUGAAGGAGGUGGUCGCAGAGUCCCUGAACAACACCAGCAUCGAGAGCUUCUACAAAGGCACUUCCCAAAAAGUGAGCGCCAAACACGUCUUGAUCAUGGACGAGGUGGACGGCAUGGCGGGCAACGAGGACCGCGGCGGCGUGCAGGAAUUGAUCGGCCUCAUCAAGAAUUCCAGGAUUCCCAUCAUCUGCAUGUGCAACGAUCGGAACCACCAGAAGAUCCGAUCCUUGGCCAAUUACUGCUUCGAUCUGCGCUUUCACAGGCCGCGACUGGAGCAGAUCAAGUCGGCUAUGAUGUCCAUCGCUUUCAAGGAAGGAAUCAAGAUUCCGCCCCCGGCGCUUAACGAGAUUAUCUUGGCGUCCAAUCAAGACAUCAGACAGGUGAUCCAUAACCUCAGCAUGUGGUCGGCCAAAGACAAGGCGAUGACGUACGACCAGUGCAAGUGCGACGCCGCCGCCGCCCGCAAGGACCUGAAGUUGGGGCCCUUCGACGUGUGCCGGAAGGUGUUCGCCGCCGGCGAGGAGACGGCGCACAUGAGCCUCAUCGACAAGUCCGAUCUCUUCUUCCACGACUACUCGCUCGCGCCCCUCUUCGUCCAGGAGAAUUACCUCCACGUUCGGCCCGCCGCCGCCGGCGGCGACGUCAAGUCCCACCUUGUGCUGCUCAGCAAGACGGCCGACUCCAUCGGCGACGGAGACCUGGUGGACCGACGCAUCCGCUCUGGCCAGAACUGGUCUCUGCUGCCCACGCAGGCCAUCUACGCCAGCGUCAUCCCAGGCGAACUCAUGCGAGGGUACAUGAGCCAGUUCCCGUCCUUCCCGAGCUGGCUGGGCAAGAACUCGUCGGCGGGCAAACAUUGGCGCUGCGUCCAGGAGCUGGCGUCGCACAUGGCUUUGAAGACGACGAGCGGCGGGCAAGCGGUCAACCUGGACUACCUGCACUUCCUGCGGCAGGCCCUGCUCGACCCGCUGCAGAAGUUGGCGGCCGACGGCGCCCCUCUCGCCGUGCGGCUGCUGGACGAUUACCAGCUGGUCCGGGAGGACGUGGACGGCAUGAUGGAGAUGGGCUCCUGGGGCGGGAGGCCCGACCCCUACUCCAGACUGGACUCCAAGGUGAAGGCGGCGUUCACGCGAGCGUACAACAAGGAGGUCCAUCUGACGCCGUACUCCCUGCAAGCCGUCAAGAAGGGGCGGGGCGCCGGCGGCGAAGAGUCCGAAGCGGGAGUGCAGGGCGCCGCGCUCUCUGACGACGAGGAGGAGGGCGACGCCCUCAGUGUGGAUGCGAUGAUCAAAAAGAAGAAGAAGACCAAAGCCACCAAGAGGGAGAAGCCUGACGAUUCCGCCAAGUCCAAGUCCAAGGCCAAGGCCAAGGCGAAAAAGUGACACGAAGAUCCGAAAGCAGGCGUCGUACGUCUUCUGCAUCCACUUCCUGCCCUUUUUCCCGGUUUUGAAAACCUCCCAGGGAGCAGGACCCUCACGACUCGUUUGCAAAUAAUCUUUUCUUGUAAAUAGAAAGAUAAGCCGCUUGUGUUUUUGUAUUUUUUAGGAAACGCGGUUUGGUCAUUUUCCUUAUUUUGUUUGGGCGUUCGUAUCCAGAAACGAUGUGGACGAAACAAGGUUGGAGAACGCUUGCUUCUCUUUUUUCAAGUUUGCACGCCAGGCCCGCCCUCGUGUCGGCACCAAGAUUUGCGUUCAAAACUUGAGAGUUAGCGGUCAUUCAUACUUCCUGCUUUGGACUUCUGCAUUCAACAUUUCCACAUCCUCCUUCUCGAAAGCAGCCACCUUGUGAGGAUAAGCGGCUCGCACAACGGAUGGAUAACGCUGACGAAGCUUUUAAGCCUGUCUUCCAUUUCUUUCCUCCUCCUCAUUCUGCGCCGCACGUGUCGGACGAAUUUGAAGGCCCGUGAGAUGUUUUCGCAUCGCCGGCCGUAAAUAAGAAAAGGCGACGGCCCGAUUCGUCGUCUUCCGGCGAUCUGGAAUGUGAAUGCGAACUAGCGCUCGGGUCCACUACAGCCUGCGACCCGCCGAGAGGCUCUUGAGAACUGCAACCCGCUUACUCG